GUAGAGUUGUGACUUGUAGGCCAGACUGGAAAGAACAAGAGGAGGCUCAAAUUUCUUGGCCUAAUAUUUCGUACUUUCCAGUGAUGCCUUCAGGCCUCACAGAAAAUCGAAAAGAUUAGCACUUCUCAACAACUCACUAUUUUAUUCGCUAAAGAAAUAUGUAAUGUAAACAAUAAUGUAAAUAAUGAUGUAGCAGAUAUGUGACGCAAAGUUUUGUUGUGUGGAAUUUAUAGUAAAGCAUCUCUUGUGUGAUGUCUGUUUGCGGCGGUGGUGUGUUUUACGAGGUGUCACUGAAGGCAGCUCGACUAGCAGUACAGGCAGGCAGGAUGCAGAGCAGAACAACAGACAAGUACAGUUCAGGUCUCCAUGCGGACAAAACCCAGCAAAAAUUCCUUUAAUUUUUUUUAAGCCACAACCGACCGUCGUCUUGCUCGGUAGCGACUCCAACCGGACCCGGCUCCAACGUCGCGUCUUGGACGAUGGAAUCUCACGUUCUCCCGGUCCAUAUCCGCCCUCAGCGGCUCCAACCGGGCAUCGGCUUCGGUUCGGGGCCGACCGUCGGCGGGACGCUCCGCUCCUCUUCCUCCGCCGCCUCUUCGUCUCUCCGGCCCGGGGUGACGGUGCCUAUCCCUCCGCUGUUGCCCUCGCCGCCGUCGCUGGCUGCCUGCUCGGGGCCUCCGCCGCCGCCGCCGCCGCUCCAGCUCCACAGUCUAUACGGGGGUGGGGGAGGAGGUGGAGCCGGCCUGGGUCUCCCCGCCGCCGGCCACGCUAACCCGGGGAACCCGGCGGUGCUGAAGGAGGCGGUGGAGGCGGUGGUCCGCAGCUUCGCCAAACACACGCAGGGCUACGGUAGAGUGAACGUGGUGGAGGCCUUGCAGGAGUUCUGGCAGAUGAAGCUGAGCCGCGGCGCCGACCUGCGCAACGGAGCGCUGGUGGUGUACGAGAUGGUGGCGUCCAGCAGCCCGCCGUACAUCUGCUACGUGAGCCUCCCGGGGGGCAGCUGCUUCGGAAGUUUCCAAUUCUGUCCCACCAAGGCCGAGGCCCGACGCAGCGCCGCCAAGAUCGCCCUGAUGAACUCGGUUUUCAACGAACACCCGUCCCGCCGCAUCACCGACGACUUCAUCGAGAAGAGCGUCAGCGAGGCCUUGGCUUCCUUCAACGGAAACCGGGAGGAAGCCGACAACCCGAACACGGGAAUCGGGGCGUUCCGCUUCAUGCUGGAAUCCAACAAAGGAAAAUCGAUGCUGGAAUUUCAGGAGCUGAUGACCGUCUUCCAGCUCCUCCACUGGAACGGAAGCCUGAAAGCCAUGAGGGAGCGCCAGUGCUCCCGCCAGGAAGUGCUGGCCCACUACUCGCACCGGGCCCUCGACGACGACAUGCGCACGCAGAUGGCGGCCGACUGGGUGAACCGCGAGCAGAGCGUGGCGAGCACCGUCUCCGCCGAGCUGGCGGCCACCGAGCGCGAGCUGGAGGAGGCGCGGCUGGCCGGCCGCGAGCUGCGCUUCUACAAGGAGAAGAAGGACAUCCUGAUGUUGGCCGUGGGGCAGCUGAGCGCCGCCAACGCCGCCACGCUGCCCUCGCACUAAAGGAUCGCUCGGGUAACACCACGUGAGGAUUCGUACUGAAUCACAUCCAGCCAGGAAACAAGCCAUAAGUAAUCGCUUGUUACCUUUUGGUGCCUAACAGCGUUUGUUUCUGUCAAAUUUUCGAACCAGCUGGCUGGAGUUGACAUUUUUUUUUUUUUGUCUCGUCUCGUACCGCUGCCUUUCAUCGGCGAAUGUAAAAGCCCAUUCAAACAUGUUGCCGAGGCAUCGAUUCCGGGGGGAGACGUUUCUUCUAGAAUCAUUGCAAACAAUGUUACAGUUUACAAUUCACGUCAAGUCAAAGUGGAGUUUAAAAUGACCUAAAAAUGACGAGCGUAAAGUGGGGGAUGGGGCCCUGCCCCCUCUAUAGAGAUUGUGGCAACGUACUCCUUUGUUUUCUAAAUGAAGCACCUCAACUCACUUCAACAUAGUUCCUUAUCACCAAAACGGCAGCAAAGCACUACUUUUCGUCUAGAUGCAGCUACUCAAUACACUUAAACAUAGUUCCUUGGCACUGAGGUGGUGGCAAGGCACUACUUUUGCCCAAAUGAAGCUGGCUGUUAUUUUGGUUUGAGGAACUCAACUUUCGCCUGACAUGAAUUGCAAAAAACUGCCAACAUGUUUGUUUUUUGUUUUGUUUUUUCCCCCCCCAAAAAAUGUCUCCCCCAUCUGCAGUUGCGUAAAUAACCCACCCGCCUGCCCGCUAUUCGCCGAAAUACAAUAUAUCAAAGUACACAGAGUACACCUUUUGAUUAUAACUGAAAUGGAAACAUGUAGAACGCAGAGGUUGCCAGUGGUAUGCGUGGAAUUUAUUGUGAUUCUUUUUGUAUUAUUUCAGUCGCUCUGACAGCAGCUCAGGUGUAGCAGCACUUAUUGUGAUUUGGAAUGACUUCCAUACCAUCGCAAUGUACGUUUUCACUGCAGUAUUGAAGGACGACGAGCAGUCCAAACGUCUGUGGUACAAAUAGGACCUUAUUUCUUUCAUGCUGCAAAUGUGAUGUUAUCGAUAUAUUUGUCCCUGCUAAUUUGAACUGUAUGUCUUCUGCGUGUCAAAAGAAUAAAGGUUUGCGUAGGCAAACCAGGGAACGUCGACGCAACGGAGUAAAUUGGUAGCAUGCGUACUUACUUAAGUCAUUUCCCUCUUGUGGUACACAACAUUAGGAUUUAGAUUUAAUCAUCCCUACGACCACUCGGAGGCUGUUUAAUCCCUACAGUAAUUUUAGUUUGUGCAGAAAAGGGUUUAAACGGUGAACAAUAGACCGUUCACGUGAUGUAAUGCUCACUCCAUUAGGCAGCUGGAAUAUUGCUCCCAUUCAUACGCCCGGCCUCGCCUUUGACUUUAACUAUUGGAUGAUUUUAUUGUCUCACAUACGGAAUACAGUAUGUUAAUAUAAGCAGGAGAUAUGUUACGUAAGCCAUUUCUAUCUCAUUUCUUUUUAUUUUAUUAGAGCUUUUGUUCUUGUAUCAAAACCUACAGUGCAAAUAAAAAGUUCUACACACUGCUGCGAACCACGGCUUGUACCGGAAGACUAUGACAAAAUGUCAGGAAAAGCCAACUGGAACAUCUAAACUUCAUUUGCGGUUAAUCAGAGGCACUUAAAAACGAUGGCAGGUGUGUGCUGACUCCCAUUUAAGUUUUGAAAUGAUUUAUCUUGGUCUAAUUUUUUGAUAUCACAAAAUCUGGCAAUUGAGCAUGGGUGUGUAGACUUCUUAUAGGUACUGCAUAUUUUGCCUUUGGUGCAUGAUGUUUCUAUUAUGGCUUUUAACCGAACAGUAUUGGUUAUUUUGUAAAGGAUUUCUCAAGGUCAUCAUUGUGUGUAUUUUGUAUGCGCAUUUUUGUAUUCAGUGUUUAUACAUUUAUUAGAUUUAUAUAUAAUAAAAUACACAAUGACACACAUUUACAAA